AUGUCUCACGACGAACAACCCGACGCUGAACGAGGCGCACCGCACCCCAACGACGAAGAAUAUGGGCCUUACCCGACCUCGACAUAUCCCAACUACAGCAGCUCGAGAGCGUACCCAGCCACAGCUCCUGCCCGCGCAGCGAUAGCUGCUAUUGAAGAGGCCGUUGCUGUCAUGCCCACCAACGAGACGAUCACUGCCUUUGAGCGGUGGGCAGCUGGCGCCUCCGACGCCCAGUUCAACGCCCUGUCCGGUGCUGUGGGAGGAUUUACCUCGGGCGUUGUUACGUGCCCGCUCGACGUUAUCAAGACCAAAUUGCAGGCCCAGGGUGGCUUCAAUCCGGUUGAGAAGGGAAGACAUGUCGGACAUGGCCCGAAGCUUUACAAUGGACUGCUUGGCACCGCCCGUGUGAUUUGGAAGGACGAGGGAAUACGCGGCAUGUAUAGGGGACUCGGCCCGAUAGUACUGGGUUAUUUGCCCACCUGGGCUGUAUGGUUUACCGUCUACAAUAAGAGCAAGGACUGGUUGAAACACCGUCAUGACAACACGGUGUUGAUCAACUUUUGGUCAUCCAUCAUCGCUGGUGCCAGUAGCACUGUCGUCACGAAUCCCAUUUGGGUAAUCAAGACUCGCUUGAUGUCGCAAAGCGUUGCCCAUGACCCGGGCAAGUAUCAUUCGCAGUUCCCGAGAUCGGGCAACACACCAACUUCCAGACCGACAAAUCACAGCUCAUGGCACUACCGGUCAACAAUCGAUGCGGCACGCAAGAUGUACACUUCCGAGGGCGUCCUUUCCUUCUACUCUGGUCUCACACCCGCCUUGCUGGGACUUACGCACGUGGCAGUGCAGUUCCCAGCAUAUGAGUAUCUGAAAACGAGGUUCACUGGCCAGGGUAUGGGAGAGCCGACUCAGGGCGAUUCUCAAGAGUCGCAAUGGAUGGGAGUGCUGGGUGCUUCGAUAUUAUCGAAGAUCAUGGCGAGCAGUGCCACAUACCCUCACGAGGUGAUCCGCACGAGACUGCAGACACAGAGAAAGCCCGUGGGAGGAGCCGAGUAUCUACAGGGUCUGGGAAUCAAAGUCCCUUUAUCCGAGGACGGCAAACCGCAGCAGCCGUUAUCACCAAAGUAUCGCGGCGUGGUCAGCACCUUCCGGACGAUCCUCAAAGAGGAGGGCUGGAGGGCCUUCUACGCUGGCAUGGGCACUAACAUGAUGCGAGCGGUGCCGGCCGCGACAGUGACGAUGCUGACGUAUGAGUUUGCGAUGAAACAUUUGAACCAUGCGAGGAGCGAGGGCAAGAGGAAAUUAGGAAGGGGUACACCUGCCGAGCCAUGA